AUGCUAAGCUGCAUACACACGUCUGACCUUGCUGUCAAGACGAAAAUAAACUUGUUAGGAAAACUUGCCGGCACCUCUUGGGGAGCAGGUGCCCGCGUGCUGCGUACUACAGCCCUGGCGCUUGUAUAUUCUGUCGCAGAGUAUUGUUCCCCUGUUUGGUGCCACAGCUCAAAGUUGGAUGCUACAGCUGUCCAUAACAAAGACCCAAUCUCCAAUCUGACCACAGAACCCCCUGGCAUGGACUUGAAUCGCCAAGAAUGGUCAAGAUUGAACAGGUUUGGAACAGGACAAGGACGCUGUGAACACCUACCCCAUCGCUGGAAAAUGAAGUCCAACCAACAGUGUCACUGCGGUCAUGAUGAUCCGACUUUGCAGCACAUUAUUUCCGAAUGUCCCCUUCGAAAGUUCGACGCUAGCAUAACUGAUGUCCAGAAUGCUACCGCGGCGGCCAUUCACUGGCUUAGAAAUAUUGGCAUUGAACUAUAA